UAGUAUUUUGGGGAGGGAGGGGGGUUGUGUGCUCCACAUCGCUGUGACAGGCGCAUGCGCAGUGGCGGUCGCUGAGGAGCAGGUCGGAGCGCUGCGUCUUGUCAUGAGUGCCAAAGUAGAUGUGGAUGUCCUGCCAAAAGAUGCAGAUGCUUCACCCGAAAGCAAUGGCACAUUUCCCUCAAAGGACAGUUUAUCUCAGCGGCCAAGACCCCCAAAUACCACCACCAUCAUCCUUCCAGCAUCCGCUCAUCCACUGCCGAAGGUGGAGGUCCCCCCAAAUGCUGCAAAGGAUGUAAAGGGAUCCAGCCUGGAGACCACCUCGCUGGCUGCCCAGGUGGGCGGCACCUGCAGUAUCGUCCAUGUUCUGGAGUGGAAAGAAGGCAUGGCCAUCCUUCCAGGCAGCAAUUUAAAGCUGUGUGUGAGUGACAGCGGGACGCUGGAGGUGAUCAGCCAGGGAAAAGUGAGCUCGGCCAACUCGCUCACUGAGGGAGCUCCAGUAAAGCCGGUCGGUGGAGAGCACAAACUGGCCCUGAAACCUGGUCCAGAUCCACCAGCAGAGGUCCAGUUACAUGGUGUUGCUGGUCCAGCUGCUGCUGCAGACGGUGGACGGCAUGUGAAAGGGAGCGCAGAGGUCCAGGAAGUUCCAGUCCAGCGGAAGAACAAUGAGCCGGUGGCCAAACGGGCCUAUCCCGAAGAGCUGCGCCGGGAACCAGUAGCAGAGAAUUCGUCUAACCCAAGAAGUAUUGAGAGAAUCCAUGAAGUGCAGGUGACCUCUCGUGGCCCCGAGCUGCUGAAGCCGAUGAAGAAGAAGAGGAGGAGGGACUAUUUAAGCCCCUCUGAGGAAGACUCUGAGACUGAGGCGAUGGAGGAGAAAGCUGAAGACUCGAAAGCAGAUGGAGGGCAGGGGAAAGCAGGAGCAGCAGAUGCUAAAGCUGUGCCGUGGUCGUGGGCGCAGUAUCUAGAAGAACAGAAGGCAGUGGCAGCUCCACCCAAACUCUUCCAAGAGUCUCAGAGAGUUCCAGAAUGUCUGAGCAGCUUUCGCCAAGGCAUGAAGCUGGAGGGUAUCGACCCCCAGCACCCCUCCAUGUACUUCGUUCUAACAGUGGCCGAGGUCUGUGGCUACAGGUUACGUCUUCAUUUUGACGGCUACUCAGACUGCCAUGACUUUUGGGUCAAUGCUAACUGCAGUGAUAUUCACCCGCCUGGGUGGUGUGAGAGCACAGGACACAAACUGUACACUCCAAAAGGUUAUAAAGAAGAGGAGUUUUCCUGGGCCAGCUACUUGAAGCUCACUAAAGCACAAGCUGCUCCAAAAGAACUGUUUACAAGCUCUGCCAAAACAGAUAAGGACUGUGGGUUCGAGGUGGGAAUGAAGCUGGAAGCUGUAGACCGCAUGAACCCCUCGCUCAUCUGCGUCGCCACGGUAACGGACUUGGUGGGAAACCGCUUCCUAGUUCACUUCGAUAACUGGGACGACACGUAUGACUACUGGUGUGAUGCCAGAAGUCCAUACAUACAUCCUGUUGGCUGGUGCCAAGAGAGAGGCCUCCCCCUCACCCCCCCACAAGACUAUCCCGACCCAGGAAAGUUCUCCUGGGAGAGGUACCUGGAGGAGACCGGCUCUACAGCUGUGCCCGCCGAGGCCUUUAAAGUGAGACCUCCACACAGCUUCCAGGUGAAUAUGAAGUUGGAGGCUGUGGAUAAGAGAAGUCCUGGACUGAUCCGGGCGGCCACUGUGCAGGAAGUGGACACACACAGGAUUAAGAUCCAUUUCGAUGGCUGGAGUCAUGUGUAUGAUGAGUGGACGGACUCAGACAACCCAGACAUCCACCCUGUGGGCUGGUGUGAAAGCACAGGCCACCCUUUCAAGCCCCCACCCGACCCCUCCAGCACACAGCAGCAUGGCCCUAAGGAGAACACAGUUUUCGGGCAGCCCAGUUACACAUCUGCACCCUUUAAAACUGUCCCACACUCCCGAAACACCUCCAAGUACAGCUUCCACCACAGGAAGUGUCCUACUCCUGGGUGUGACGGGUCGGGUCAUGUGACAGGACGUUUUACUGCACAUCACUGUAUAUCAGGCUGCCCGCUGGCAGAGAGGAAUCAGGGCAGGGUUAAAACUGACCUCUCAGAUACAGAGGGGUCCAAGCGCAACCUCCUCGUCCUCGGCCAGAGGGCUAAAAAGUCCCGCUACCACGGCAGAAUUGGUCGCCCACCAAAAUAUCGAAAGAAUCAGCAAAGAGCUUAUCAGAACAUGUCUUCAGAGAGUAUGUAUCCCUCCCUGUUCAUGUCGGCUCUGACGGCCAGUUCGGAUCGCACUCUCUCUCUCUGCUGGGAGCAACACUGCAAGUUACUGCCUGGAGUUGCUGGAAUCCACGCAAACCAAGUAGCUACAUGGUCUGUAGAGGAGGUCUUUGGAUUUGUGCAGAAUCUAAUAGGUUGUGAGGAGCAGGCCCAGCUUUUCAAAGACGAAAUGAUCGAUGGAGAGGCCUUCCUCCUGCUGACUCAAACCGAUAUAGUGAAGAUAAUGAGUAUCAAGCUUGGACCUGCCCUGAAGAUCUACAACGCCAUCCUGAUGUUCAAGAGCACUGAUGAAGGACUGUAGUGGAACUGCCGGACUCUUCAGAGCUGUGUGACGUGCCCAUUUACCCACAAUCCAUCACCCAUAAUGUGUUAGGUGUUUACCAAUGUCCCCACCACAAAGAGAGAGAGAGAGAAAGAGAGAGAGAGCUAGAGUGAAAUAGAGAGAGAGAGAGUGAAAGGGGAAGGGGGAAAAGUGAAGCAUGACUGAGCCCACACCGAUAAAAGUGAUGUACUGAAUUAGCUUGAUUCAAAUGUGUGUGCAAAUACAAUAUAUUACACCAGCAUAAUUCAAUAUAUAACUAUGUUUACGUACUUUACACAGGAGUUGUGUUGAUGUAAUACAUUGUAUUUAUGUGUAAAUAGUGUAUAAUUUGUGUACAUUAAGUAAAUUAAAUGGGAUAAAUCCAUUUGUAUCAACUUUAUAUAGGUGUAUUUAAUAAUAACAGCAUAAUUACACAUUAACAAUAAUGUGUUAUAACAGUGUUAUAUUAUAAUAAUUACACAAGUGUCUCUUUUAACUCGAUUAAAUGUACAGGGGUUGGACAAUGAAACUGAAACACCUGGUUUUAGACCACAACAAUUUAUUGUGGUGACGGACAGUUCUGGUGGAAACAGGAGAGUUGAGGUGCACAUUGAAUUCUGCCGUGAUUUGAUCAGCCGAGGUUUUAUGUUUUUUGGAUACAAUCCGGGUUAGCACCCGAACAUCCCUUUCAGACAGCUUCCUCUUACAGCGUCCACAGUUAAUCCUGUUGGAUGUGGUUGGUCCUUCUUGGUGGUAUACUGACAUUACCCUGGAUACCGUGGCUCUUGAUGCAUCACAAAGUCUUGCUGUCUUGGUCACAGAUGCUCCAGCAAGACCAACAAUUUGUCCUCUUUUGAACUCUGGUAUGUCCCCCAUAAUGUUGUGUGCAUUGCAAUAUUUAGAGCAGAACUGUGCUCUUACCCUGCUAAUUGAACCUUCACACUCUUACAGCUCUUACUGGUGCAAUAAUGUGCAAUUAAUGAAGAUUGACCACCAGGCUGCUCCAAUUUAGCCAUGAAACCUCCCACACUAAAAUGAUGACAGGUGUUUCAGUUUCAUUGUCCAACCCUUGCAACUUGACUAAAUUUUGAACACCACAUUGCUAUGAGGAUUUGAUUGCACUCAGCAACAAGAACUAGAGAUCAAUGCUGGGGUGCUUUAUAUCUCUCUAGAGCAUAGACCAUGACUGGCAUUAGACAUGGUGCCAGUAGAUCCAUGUUUAAGUUGAUCUGCUACGAACAGUCCUAUUCUGUUGGCAAUACUUCGCUUCUACAGGGACUUAGACAAGCUGUGUGUGUGCGUUUGCACAUCUGUGUCAGCAGUGGGCGCAGGCAUAAUGAGUUAUAGUAGCUGAAGUUGUGCUACUGUAAUCCAGCUGUAAUACUGUAUACAUCACAAGGAAUUAUAUUGCUAUCACACGGUUGUUAAUGUGUAAUUACACUGUUUUUAAAGGAGAACUCCGGUGUAAAAUUGAGUUUGAGUGUAUUAAAACAUGAUUAAAAUGCUAACCUUUGUUGAAUGGCCCACCUCCGCUCUCCUGCAGCUUUCUGAGAUCCAGCAAUUUUAUAUAGUUUUUCCAAACAUCUUUUAGACUGGGUGAUAUGGGACAUAUUUUUGCCCGUGCAGAUAAAUCACUUUUUACACCGUUAUCCAGGCUGAAAGGAGCUCCACACCUCAUUGGUAGAAUCUGGAGAGCCCUGACUUUUAAAACAAGUGUUUUAAACACUGUUUACAACCUGAUCAGUACAGUGACGAGCAGUAACAUAUAGUAACGGUGUAAAAAGCGAUGUAUCUGCAGGGUCAUGAAGAAUAUGCCCCAUAUCACCCAGUCUAAAGGCUAUUUUGACAAACAGAAUAAAAUUACUGGAUCUCAUAAAGCUGCAGGAGAGUGGAGGUGGUCUAUUUAACUAAGGUUGAAUUUUUUUAUCAUGUUUCACUACACCAAAAGUCAAUUUUAUGCCAGAGAAAACACUUAUUUUAAAGUAGAUUAAUAUUAAGUGCAUCACUUUUUUCAGUGUAGUUUGAUGCUGCUCUGUUUUUCUUAAAAGAGAAGCAAUCGAAUCCCAAACCAGAACGAAGCCGUGGGCUGUCCUGGUGCUCACUGUCUGUCCUGCUUUUAGACAGCCAGUGGAUUUAGGUCUAUCCAAGUCGUUGAGAUAUAUAUUGUUGUUUUUUGGGAUCACGGUACCACCGAUAUUGAUGUGUUUUAACGGUGGUAUUGGACAAGACUGUGAAUCUGUUAGUAUUUUUGUUUUGUUCCCAAGUGAAUUAUUAAUUAUAAAUAUUAAGGGUGUAAACAUCAUAUCUGUUCAAUUAACAGCAGCACAAAACAUCAUGAUUCAGAGACAUCAGUUCAUGCAUGCAUUUCAUGCAUCGUUCAGAUUGAUUUGAUCUAAUUCUUUGGGAAAUGUUUUAAUGCUUCAUAAAAACUGUUAUUUAACUACAAAUUAAUUAAAUUCAAAAGUUCUUCAUGAAAUAAUUCAAAUCAUUGUGAAAUCUCAAUUUUAGUAAUUUCGUAAUUUCAGUUGCAAACAAUUUAAUGCAUUGUGUGAGAUCAGUUAUAAUUCAGUUUAAUAAGUUAUCAUUUUAAUUGGUUGAGUUGUUUGUGGAAUGAUUUUAUGCAUCAUAAAAUGUUACAUUUGACCUGUGGUUUUAACUACAGUUUGUUUAAAGCUCUUUUUGAAAUUACUUUUAAGUUUUUAAAAUCUAAACUUUUUGAUUUCUUUAAAUUAAAAAAUGUAUUGCAUUUUAUUCUUUUAAAUUCUAUAGCAAUGAUAGAAACACCUUAGCAACCUCCUAGAAACACCAUAGCAACCUCUUUGCAACCACCAAGAAACACCUAGGCAACAAUAUAGCAACCACCACAGACAUGAUAGCAAUACCUUAGUAACCAACUGGAUUUCUUUUUUUGUAUAUUAAAUUUUAUUUCUAAUUUUUAUUGGCCAAUUACCCAACCCACUCAUUAGGACUUCCCCUAUCACUAGUGAAGCCCCAACACACCAGGAGGGUGAAGAUUAGCACAUGCCUCCUCCGAUACAUGGAAAGUCAGACACCGCCUCUUUUUGAACUGCUUUUAAAGUGCAGCAACUCAGUUCUGAUACAUCUGCUCACAGAUGCCUUGUGCUGAUCCACAUCACCCUAGGAGUGAUGAGGGGAAAGAGAAGAACGCCAUCUACUGUACCCACCCAGAGAGAGCAAGACCAAUUGUGCUCUCUCAGGGCUCCGGCAGCUGAAGACAAGCUGCAUGACCAGGAUUUGAACCAGCGAUCUCCUGAUCAUAGUGGAAGCACCUUAGUCUGCUGGACCACUCGGAGCCUGAAACCACCUGGAUUUUAAGCAAAGGUUUCUGCAGGACCUUAAUCGAGUUACAACCAAGUUUUUUACACCCUUAAUAUUUAAGGUAGUAUUUUAGCUCAGCUGUCGUGAGCAUGUAAAACAGAGAGAGCUGUGAGCGCUCUGGACAGCCUAAUAAAGCUCUGAUGGGGUAUUUUAUUGUAUGUAUUUUGAGUUGCAGGUGUUACGUGAAAGCUGGGCAGCUUCGGGCAGACUUGGUGCUACCCCCUGAUCCCCUUCUUUAACCCGUGUUAAUGUUUAUGCACUUUAUAUAUAUGAUCUCGGCCAACAGGUGGAGCUAACGCACAUUCUGAGCCACUGCAGAGCAGAUCCGGAGCGUCUGCAGAGCUGCUCUGCUGCUCAUACUGUUCAACUUGUGUUCAUUAUUUUCUUAAUUAACAGAGAUUAGGGAGGAGUUCAUCCAACGCCAGUGUUAAUCUGUUUCUGAUGAUCCAUUCUCUCUCUGAAGGGAUAUAAUAAUGUACAGUUAUUGAGUAACAAACUGUCUUUCAGCUCAUCGACAUUAAUAAAUGUUUAAUUCAACUUCUAUCUAA